AUGUCGCGCCGUCGUGGCCGUGAUCGAUCACUGCCGCACCCACGUAACCGAGAGGGAUCCCUAUCGCCCCCAGCCGAUCAAGGUCGAUCAAUCUCACGCCCAGAUGACCGAGAGAACUCGAGGUCGCCCUUGUCACCUGAAGAGGCUCAAGAGGUUCUGGAUCAGCGACUGAGGCAGUACAACCCCUUGGGCCGCAACGACAACACAGUGAUCUUCUUACGCAAUUUCUUCGAUGUACUCCCAUCCGGUGGCCAAGAAACUCUGGCACGCGACGUGGGCGGCUAUAGCAGUGACCACAAAAUCCGACAGACAGUUGACUCGAUCCGCAACGGGCUCGUGUGUCCUCUCCGCGCCAUUGGGGGAAGGACGCCCUCCGAAAUCACUCCGGCUCCACGACCGGGCGUUGAGGAUUCGAUCGAAAAUCUCCGAAGCCUGGAUGUGCGUCCACUCGCCCGGACACAUCAACAGCAAUUGCGCGACCGCUGUCUCGAACGGGACGGAUAUUGCUGCAUGUUGACCGGUCUCCCAAGCGGCCAGCAUCCACACCCUGAAGGUGCAAUGACCGCACGUCUGGAGGCUGCGCAUAUCAUCCCGUUCGCGCUCGGGUCGUUCGACUGA